AUGAAGCUACAACUCUUAUUAUUGUCCAUUUUAUCGAUUAAGUACUUGGAUGCAACAUGCGAUAAUGGAGUUUAUGAACUGGGUGUCUCUAAAGAUGAAAAAAACCAAAUUGUUGCUUUACACAAUUAUUUACGAAAACAAAUCGCAAAUGGUAAAGUUAAAGGUCAACCAAGAGGAGUAAAUCUUAAACGAAUGUCAUGGGAUGAAAGUUUGGCGGAGCAAGCUCAAAAUGUAGCAAACACUUGUGAAUUCAAACAUUUAUCAAUUAAUGAUGAUCGUUGGUCUUGGGUGGGACAAAAUUUAUUUAACUCUAUGGCGACAAACUACAAUAAAAAAACAGAUUGGAAAGGAGUUAUCCAAAACAGUUGGUUUGGAGAAAAAGACAACUAUAAAUAUAGGGCUGAAUAUACUAAAAAUGUUGUUCAUUAUACUCAGCUUGUAUGGGCUAACACCAACAAAGUUGGAUGUGGAUACACGCAUUUUCCAAUUGAGGGAGAUUUCCCUUAUAAAAAAUUAUACGUAUGUAACUAUGCACCAGGAGGUAACAUAGAGGGAGAAAAUCCUUAUAAAAAAGGAAAGAGUGGAUGUGAGAAUUUAUCAAACAAAAUGAAGUUCCAACUGUUUUUACUUGCUUUGUUUUAUGUUGAGCACUUAAACGCUGUUUGCAAUGAAGCAGUUCAUCAGCGGGCAGUAUCUGAAAGUGAUAAGAAGGCAAUUGUUGAUAUUCAUAAUCAUUUUAGAACAUUGAUAGCGCAGGGAAAAGUUCCCGGUCAGCCGAGAGGGAUUAAUUUAAAACGAAUGAAAUGGGAUGAGAAUCUUGCGAGAGAGGCUCAAAAAAUUGCCAAUACUUGCGAAUUUACUCAUAAAAGUGUACAAGAUGGACGUUGGUCGUGGGUUGGACAAAACUUAUACACGUCUUCUAGCACAAAUUAUGAUACUCGCACUGAUUGGAAUGGAGCAAUAACCGCGUUCUUUAACGAACAUAAAAUGUAUAAGUUUGGUUCGGGAUUUUCAAUGAAUACCGGGCAUUAUACACAAGUUGUUUGGGCCGAAUCAGACCACGUCGGUUGCGGGUAUACACAUUAUGAAAAUUCUCGUUCUGGGUAUCGAUAUCAUAAACUUUAUGUGUGCAAUUAUGGUCCUGGUGGUAACAUUGUUGGACAGAAUCCAUACAAAGUUGGAACAAGUGGAUGCGAAAAUUUAUGCUAAAGUACUUUAUAUAAAAAAUUGUUAUACCAAAAAUAUAUUAUAUAUCAAUAUUAAAUGAAUAUCAUAGCUA